CAGACACCCUGAACAAAAAGACGGACGGGACAGACGAGGAGCAGCACCAGACAGAAGGACCAAAAGAAGAGAGAGAUUACAGUCUCCAUGUUCCAGCUGCCCAUCUUGAAUUUCAGCCCCCAGCAGGUCGCGGGGGUAUGCGAGACGCUCGAGGAGAGCGGCGACGUGGAGAGGCUCGGUCGCUUCCUCUGGUCACUCCCGGUGGCGCCGUCCGCCUGCGAAGUCCUCGGGAAGAACGAGUCUGUCCUGCGCGCGCGCGCUGUCGUGGCCUUUCACGGAGGUAACUUCAGCGAGCUCUACCACAUACUAGAGAACCACAAAUUCACCAAGGACUCACACGCGAAGCUGCAGGCGCUCUGGCUCGAGGCGCACUACCAGGAGGCUGAGAAACUCCGUGGGCGUCCGUUAGGACCAGUGGACAAGUACCGCGUCCGAAAGAAGUUUCCACUGCCUCGGACGAUAUGGGACGGCGAACAGAAAACGCACUGCUUCAAGGAGAGGACGCGGCAUCGAUUGAGAGAUUGGUACCUGCAGGACCCUUACCCGAACCCGAGCAAAAAAAGAGAGCUGGCGCAGGCGACUGGACUCACGCCCACACAAGUGGGUAACUGGUUCAAAAACCGAAGGCAGAGAGACCGCGCUGCAGCAGCCAAGAACAGGCUACAGCAGCAGGUUAUGUCCGUUGGCUCAGACCGAUCGCUGGGGGACGAUGACACCACAGUAGACCGACUGGAUCCUGCCUCAAGCCCAGAUGUCAGUCUCUCGAGCAAGGCCGCCAUCUCCGUCACCUCCAGCGACAGUGAAUGUGACGUCUAACGUGACAGGCUUCAAAAGAGCAAACAGGAGAACUGUAGAUACAAUCUAACAACAACGACAAAAACUUGAGUGCCUGCAACCGGCCAGAGAGAGGCCUAAAUGAAGGAUGGAAAAAAGUCACACAACUUCAUUUUCCAUUCUUUGAUGUGAUCAACAAACAGGCGCAGUACUUCUCAC